AUGGCACAAACUCAGGCUUCCAUAACCCGUCUACCCCAUGAAAUUGUGUUUAUGAUAGCAGAACUCCUGGCUCUGAACGAUGUAAGCGCCUGGCUACAAACAUCAUCUUUUUCCUCCCAAAUACUAGAGCGUUUCAUUUAUUCCCGCAUAGCCACCCACUUUCUUCCUUCUAAGAAGACAGUGCUAUCAUGGGCUGCCGAGCAGGGACGGAUAUCAGUGAUAGAGAAGAUAGACGCCACAACGUUUGGAAAGAUACCGAAAGCAAGAAGCACACAAGCACUAUGCUACGCGGCCAAAUACAAUCAGUUGGAUGCCGCUAGACUCCUACUGAGAAUGGGAGCGGGAGUGAACGACAGAGCCUGUAUUAAAUUUGCUUGGGAAUACACGGCACUCCACGAAGCAGCAGCAGCGAGUCAUAUCGAGAUGGCUCAACUGCUUCUGGACCACGGCGCAAACAUACAAGCGACCGGUUCCGCACCCAGCGGCUGGUUUUCCGACGACACCGUCCUAGAACGGGCAGCACUGCUCGCAAAUCUCGAGACAAUUCAAUUUCUCCUAGACGCAGGCGCCGACGUCAAAACGGGAGGUGUCAUCAAACGCGCCGUCCAGUCUCAGAGAGUUGAUAUUGUCAGAUUCCUACUGGAUAAAGGCGCCAGGCUUCAUGGACCGUACGAAAACUCGACGCCACAUCUAUACAAGAUCAUCGUCGCGAACAACAUACCGAUGUUGAAGCUUUUUCUUGAACGGGGUGCCGAUCCGAACGAACAGUCGGGUAUCGGCACGGCCCUGCAUGCUGCGGCGGAUGUCGGUAGUGUAGAGAUCGUGAAGAUACUUCUGGAACACGGAGUUGACAUCAAUGCCUUUAGUGGUUACAAUGACGAAUCUGCUUUACAUGUAGCAUCUCGCAUGCCUGAAGCCGACAUUGAGGAGCCUUUUUCUCGGGAGAGAGUUGUUGCCCUGCUUUUGGACCAAGGUGCUGAUCCAUACUUGUUGAAUGAACAUGAAGAGCCGCCGCUUGAGGAAGCCCGAUGUUGGGGAAAUCAAGAGAUCAUUAAACUGCUCAAGGAGGAAAUGAGAAAACUCCGACCGCAUGAUAUAAGAUGGGUGGAGGGGGAAAGUGAAGAGGAAGAAGACAAAGAGGAUGAUAAUGAUGGUGAAGCCAAUGAAUGA